GCCAAGGCCAGUUCACCGAUUAGCCAAAAAUUUACGAAUUCCAGCAAUGAGCAGUGGCAGUGACCUAUAACCCGACUCGCCACAUUUCAAGGAUCUUACUUGCGAACUGCACAAGUGUUCGCUUUUGUAGCGUCACCAUGGUCAUUGGAGACAAAGAUGGUAAUGCACUUGAGGCGACAACUCGCUUCCACCCGGUCACGAACGAAGUAAACGCCGAGAAGGAACCGUUGAAAACAUGCCCCGCCACCAAGAACGCAUCGGAUUUCCCGGAGUCAUUCCAUGAGGGUCGAUAUGGAUGGGUUGUCGUCGUUGCGUCGUUUUUUGGUCAGUUCAUGUUCCCACUCUGCCUGUCGACCUAUGGUCUCUUCCACGUGGUGCUGGUGGAGCAGCUCGGAAGGAGUAGAGGAGAGACUGCUUUGGUUGGAUCUGUGACGUAUCUAUUUACUGCAGGUGCAGGGCCUUUGUCAAGUUUCCUCUGCAACUUGAUUGGGCAUCGUUGCACAUGUAUCCUUGGUAGCGUGCUGGCUGCUGCCGGUUAUCUCAUUAGCGCAUUCUCCAGCAGUUUCGAGCUCCUUUUCUUCUCAUAUGGAUGCCUUAUUGGUACAGGUAUAUGUCUGCAGCUUGUCCCAACCAUGGUGCUAGUUCAGUUUUAUUUCGAAAAGCGGCGAGCUUUAGCAAUAUCAAUUGUCAGAACAGGGAGCGGAGUCGGUAGUCUGGUCCUACCGCCGAUCGUUCAGCUCCUCAUUGAUGAAUACUCGUGGAGAGGAGCUAUGAUUCUCCUCGCGGGGUUCGCCCUGCAGGGGUGUGUCAUUGGCGCCCUUUUACGACCAAAUGCUAAAUUAAACGUCAGUAAAAGCAAUCGACAACGAAGAUCUUUUGCUGAAAAUGUGAUAUCAACAUUUGAUUUUUUCAAGGACAGUCGUUUACUAAUAUGGUUAUUCGUGCAAUUCUCGGAGGGCUUACACGCCGUUAUGUUUUUUUACUUAUUGCCAGAUAGAGUCAUUGGAUUCGGAUUCACCGCCGACCAGGCUGCUUUUCUCCUCUUUCUAACGGGGAUAAGUUCGACACUUCUCCGCCUGGUCACUGGUGUUUUAACAAAUCGCUUUCACCUCAGUUCCAUAGUUCAGUACGGUUGUGCUUUCCUACUAAUGUCAACUUCUCAUUUUGUAUUAAUGUUGAGCAGUCUGAGUUAUGGUGUCUUGGUGGUGAUGUCUUUGGUGUUUGGAGUGGGGUCGGGCAUCGGUACCUGCAAUCUUACACUCCUCAUGCUGCAGCUGUUCGGAAUACAUCGGGCGACUAUCGCCUUGGGUUGGGUGAUGUUAGCGGAGGGUAUAGGGGGCUUCAUUGGACCACCAGUAGGGGGCGCAAUAUUUGACAUGACCGGGAGUUACACACAUUCGUUUCUUUUAUCAGGAGCGUUUGCUGUUGCGGCUAGUGCAUUUACGAUUCCAGUUUUCAUAAUUCAUAGAUACAAGUUUAAAACGACAAAUAGUUACCAACUUGACGAACAAUCCAGAUAAAUCAAAAUUAAGUACAUCCAUUUAUUUUGUAUUGUUUUCGAUUUGUACGUAUGCAUACCUCUUACGGAUCCUGAUAAUUUCUC